AUGCACACAGGCACGGAACAAGCAUACGCCCGCGUGUCCGACCGUCUGGCCACACUGGGCGAGCCUGUCCCGACUCCAGUUCGCCUGCAGUUCGCCUUCCGCCCGCCGAUCUGGGGAAAGGCUGCACCGUGCUCCGGAAUCCAGCCCGCCGAGCCCCUGUCCAGGGAGGAUGCCCUGACGGAACGGCUCCGGUCCCUGAGGAACAAGCGGGACCGCCUAGCAUCAGAGUCCGGCGAUCCCCCUCCGCCGUACACCGCAUCAUCGCCUGCCGCACUCGCACAGCCACCGCCUUCGACAUCUGCCGGGGUCACCGGAUCGGCUUCUCACGGGGAUGAGGCCGGUAGACAUCGAUCUGGUGGCGACGACGAGGCCGCUGAGGGAGGUAGCCAGUCCUCAGGCGAGUAUGAUCACUACUUCGAUGACGUCCUGCAGCCCCUCGACCUGGAGGACGAUGAGGACGAAGACUCAGGUCCGGACGGCGGGGGAGGCGGGAGCGGCUCGUCGAAACGGGUAGAGGACCUGCUGGCCAAGCUCAAGGCGGACCCAGGGGCACAGCCUCCGAUUCCUGCCGAGAGUAAGCCCGACGCAGCCAAGGCCAAGGACGAGGGCAGCGACGACGAUGACUCCGAGGGCGAGGGCAUGUCGCGCGAAGUGGAAAAUGUCAUCUCACGGGCCAUGGACGAGCUAGAGCUCGAUGGCUCCGCUUCUGAUCCCGCGGAGGCUGAUGCUACGGCGGGCGCGGGCGGGCGCGCUGCGGCAUCGAAGGGUGAUGAUCAUGGGCUUACACUCCCGACAGUCCCGUGGGAUGCGGCUGGGAACAAGGAGCACGAUGCCUCGCCAAAGCCCUCUCAAUCAGGAGGCGAUGACGGCGAGAACGACGGUGGGGCAGGCCUUUCCCUCCCAACAGUCCCCACAGAACUCGUCGACCCAGCUCCGACCUCAGGACCAGUCCCCAGCGGCGGGGACCCCUUCGAGUCCUCGAUAGCAGCGCGCCUGGCGGCCCUCAAGGGCGCCGGCGCUCCCAUAAUCCACACCGACGCCCUGGGCCUGCCCUCGGCGCCGACCUUCCGCCCCGAGGACAACACGCCGGCGCCUAAGCGGUUGGUGGCAAGGUCGGGUUACACGGACGCGGACCAGAAGACGUGGUGCAUCGUCUGCCUCGAGGACGGGACCAUCCGGUGCCUGGGCUGUGACGACGACGGCGGCGGUGGGGACGUCUACUGCGCGCGGUGCUGGAAGGAGAUGCAUGUUGGCCCGUCGGCUGGGUAUGAUGAGCGCGGGCACGCCUGGGAAAAGUUUGACCCGAGGCGGGUGUGA